AUGCCAGGAGAUAAUCAACAACAAAGUGCCUAUAAAUAUCGAAAUACCCGUUACGGAAUUCAUCAUGAUGAGGCUGGGGCUAAUGUUAAAUCCGCUUCACCUAAACAAUGUGAAGAUCUUUUAACUGAAAAUCUACCAAGAAUUGAUACAGCUCGUUUAGCGAAUGAUCCAUUUUUAGGUACAGUAGCUGGUCGAUUAGCUCAAGAAAUACAUGAUGAAUUUCUUGUUUGCAAAAUAUGCUUCGAUAGUUAUACGAAUCCAAAAUGUCUUGCGUGUUUGCAUACAUUCUGUGCAAAAUGUAUUGAAAAGCAUAUAUCAGCUGAAGUUACUUAUAAUAAAUAUACAGAUUAUCGUGAUUUCACUUGCCCAUUAUGUCGUAAACGUACACAACUUCCAUUAGGUGGUGUUAAACGAUUACCAGAUAAUUUUCUAAUUUCUGGCCUAACUGAUUUAGUACUACGACAAAGAGCAUCAUCGAAUGGUUCGUCAACAGCUACAAUUAUUGGUAGUCCAACUACUUGUAGAAUUAACAAUAGAAUGGAAAAUAGUAGACGAGUAUCAACCACUGUUAACGAAAGUAUUGAUUCAUUACAUCAAUUACCAAAUUUGGAAAGGAAGCAAUUACGUUAUGGAGAAUGUGAGAUUUGUUCACAAGUAAGUCGAAUUGAUAGAGGACAUUCAAGUGAACCAUUGAAUAAAACAAAUUCAUCAGAAAUCAAUGGUCUAACUAAUGCUAAUGACAAUUAUAAUGGUAAUAGUCAACAACGCGCUAGUUCAGCUUGUUUAAAUAGUUCACCAAAAGCAACAUCGAAAUGUUUAGAUUGUAAUAAACUUCUAUGUGAUGAAUGUGUCCAACGACAUAGAAAUACUAAAGUUACUAAAGAUCAUGCGACAUUUGAGUUACAAUCACAUAGUGAUAUUGAAUGUAAAGAUCAUCCAGGUGAAACUGUACGAUUUUAUUGUGAAGCUUGUUCAAUGUGUAUAUGUGUUCUAUGCACAUUCAAUGCACAUCGUGAACAUGAAGUAACAAGUUUUGGUGAAGCUGUCGCAAAAUUACGACAUGAAAUAAGUAGGAAUUUAGAUACUACAUGUCAACGUAUUGGAAAAGUUCAAUCUCAGUUACAUAACGUUCGAGAUGCUGCUAAUAUUAUACAUAGAAUUGAACAAAGAAUUCACGACACUGCAGAACAUUUCAUGGAAGAAAUUCAACGACAAGAACAAGAAUUGAUUAGUGAAUUACAUCAAUUUGUUGGUGAACGUAAUAUGCAUCAUAUACAGAAUCAAUCGGAUCAAGAACAAAAUAUUGAAAUUGCUGAAAGUCUAUUUAAAGAUAUUGCCAAUUCAUUAGAUAAUCAAGAUAUGGAAUUAUUAUUAAUUCGAUCAAAUUUAUAUGAAAAAAUUACUGAAUUAAAUCAUUUAGAAUUAAUUACAGAUAAAUUUGAUGCAAUGAAAUUGGAAAUAUAUUUUCGAACUGGAGCUGUAAAUCUAGGCUAUUUAACAAAUGAAUCAGCAAUGAAUAAUAUACAUCAUCACGCUGACGAUGAUGAUGAAGAUGAUGAUGACGAAAAUUAUGAAGAUUUAUCUAUGCCUCUGGAAUGUAGUUCAUCUUCGACCGGUUCUAAUACAUCAUCAUCCAUAGAAUUAGCUAACAGACCAUGCAUAAAUUCAACCGCUUGCCAAACAGAUAUAAGCUUAACAGAUCCAAACGAUCAAUGUAAUUUAACUGUUCAACAGAUCCAACUACCAACUAAGCAGUGCCGUACACGAGCAUGCAAUACAGAAUUAAUAUCGAUGACAAAUCAAGAAACAAAUACACGUCCACGUGGUAUUCAUACAAUAAUCACUUUUUCAGAUAUUUCUUCAAAUGCAGCGUCGGAAGAAUUUUUAGCUAAACUUGAUAAAGAAACAAUAAAUUUUAAUGAGAUGGAUAAUCUAACUAGAGCGAGGAUACGUCGUAAACUUCAUGAACGUUUUAAUACAGUUGAUCAGAUUUCAAAUGGUGGUAAUAGUAACGGCAUUUUGUGUAAUGCACCACAUACAUCAUUGCAUUUUGGAUCAAAUGGAACAUCGCCAGCCUCAAUAACUCAACCGACAAAUGUCAAUAACAAUACUAUUUAUAAUCAUAACGAUGCUCAUUCAAGACGUUAUAGCUCUUAUGAUAAACGUUUUCAUUUCUAA